AUGGGAGCAAAUUAUAUUCAUGGUAUACUAGGGAAUCCCAUGUAUGAAUUAGCCUUAAAUCAUGGACUUAUUGACAUAACACAUACACCAAAAGAUCACCAAGUACUAGCUGUAAUGGAAGAUGGAAGUCAAAUCCCUUUUCUUAUGUUGCAAGAAGUGUACGAGGCUUACACUUGCUUUUUAAGAAGGUGUGAAGAAUAUUUUUUAUCUCAAUUUUUGCCACCAGAAGGAAUAUCUAAUGUUGGAGAUCAUAUUAAAUUAGAAGUUGCUUUAUAUUUAGACAGAAUUAAUGAUAAUAAAGAAAAGCACAUAAAACAGCUAAUUUUUGAUUCUCUUUUGAAAAGAGAAACUUGUAUUACUGGUUGUAACGAUAUGAACGAAGUGAAUUUAAUAGAAUUAGGUAGUUAUAUAGAACUCCAAGGAGGGAAUAUUGUCUUGCCUGGAGGGUACAGCAGUGUACUUCAAGCUGUUGCUUUGGAUAUACCUCCUGAAAAAUAG